AUGUCAGACUCACCUGCAGCCUCACAUUGGACAGAGCAUAAAGCUACGAAUGGGAAGAUAUAUUGGCAUAAUAGAGUAACAAAAGCUUCUAGUUGGGUUAAACCGAAUGAGAUAAAGACAAGGUUUGAUCACGCUGUCGACGCAUCUGAAUGGGGUUUAAAUACAGUCAAUGAUAAAAUAUAUUGGUAUAAUAAGACCACGAAACAAUCUAGAUGGGAUAUGCCUGAAGAUUUAGCUCAAUUGAAGGCUACAUUUGAUGCAGAAGAUAAGGCAGAAGCUGAACGUAAAGAAGCGGAGAGGAUAGCAGAGGAAAAGCGCAUAGAGGAGGAGAAUAGAAUCGCAGAAGAACAACGUAAGAAGGAGGAACUUAAAGCGAGUGCUCAAUCACCAAUGCUUCAAAUUGGCUACAACGGUUCACAAUCUGGUACGCCAAUGCUAGAAGGUACUGGUACACCCCUCGCGAUCGGUGGUCCAGCUGCUGCACCCGGUCUCGCAGCAGAAGUAACACCAUAUGAAGCUAAAUUAGCCCUGAUGGAUCUAUUCAAACAAAAAGGAGUUGCACCUGAUUGGACAUGGGAAGCUACCAUCAGAGAAUUAAUUACAAGUCCAGUUUGGAAAUUAGAACCAUCGUUGUCCUUAAAGAAAGAUUAUUUUAGUGAAUACAUCCGCAAAGUUGUCGAAGAUGAACGAGCAGAGAAGGCUCGUAGGAUGGAUAAGUUACGUCCACAAUUUAGAGAUAUGUUAGCGAGAACAGGUCGCGUUCAUCCAUAUACCAAAUGGUCAACAUUGAGGGCAGUCAUUAUGACGGAUCCAAAGUUACUUAAAGAAAGAAGUUGGCAGAAUUGCAGAGAUGACAAUGAACGUAAGAUGCUCUUCGAUGAAUAUUUGAAACACAUUCAAAAGAAAGAAGAAGAUGAUGAACGCGAAUUGAGAAAGAAUAAUAUAGACAAAAUUAUGAAAUAUAUUGAAACGAAUAAGGUUGCUAUGGACACCAAAUGGCCAGAAUUUAAGCGUGAUUUAAAAUCAUCCCGCGAAUGGAGAGAUGAUCCUGAUCUUCAACGUGUUGACAUGCUUGAUGUACUUAACAUCUAUGAAGAUAACCUCGUUAUGGCUGAGAAAGCUUGGGAAGCUCGUAAGAAGAAGAUGAAAACCGAGAGAAAACGUGACCAAAGGAGGAAGAGAGAGGCAUUUACUGGACUUCUCAAAGAUCUCGUUAAGGAUGGUAAAAUUAAACAUAAUACCAAAUGGAAUGAUAUAAUCGUCGAUAUCAAAGAUGAUCCUCGUUUAUUCCAAAUUGCAGGUAACUCAGGAUCCACAGCAUUAGAGUUGUUUUGGGAUACAGUCGAUGAGUUCCAAAUUCAUGCUGAAAUAGUCGGACAAAGAGUCGAAGAUGCUUUUUCGAUGUCUAACACUAAGCUUAGUGAGGAAGUAUCUCUCAAUGAGUUUAAGCGAAUGGUUGAAAGUAAUAAUGUAGAGAUUGAUUGGGAGGGUUGGUCAAUUGAGGAUAUACAUAACGUUAUAACGCAAAAGUAUUUAUCCCAGAAGAGAGAAGAAAAACAUCAAAGUGAGAGAAAGCGUAGAAUAAUGAUUGACGAUUUGCGCAGCGCAAUGAGAUAUCUAGAACCAAGCUUAACUGUCGAAGAUAAAUUUGAAGACGUUUUACCAAGAUUGAAGGACUUACCAGAAGGCAAGUGGUUGAAGGAUGAUGACGAAGCUUGCAAAAUCGCGUUUGAGAGGUUCGUAAAGAGACUCAAAGAUCGUUCACGCGACCAUGGUGAUUCUGAUCAUUCUAGACGUCGUCGUGAUAGACGCGAAUCUGUCUCACAGAGAGAGAGAGAAAGAGAAAGAGAUGAGAGACGUGCUGAGCGUCGCCGCUCUAAGAGUCCACAUGAAGAACAGAGAGAGGCUAAGAAACCCCGUAAAGAGGAGGUUGAAGAAGGUGAAAUGCAAGGAUAA